AUGGCUGAUUCAGGAGCUCCUGCCAACGCCCCCCAGCUGCCACCUCAGCAGCCCAGUGCUGGCGCGCCAGGCUACGAUGGCCCCCAGAACGGCCAGCCGAUGGCUCCUCCUCCCCUCCACAUCCCGCAGAACACGAACCCAAUCCCGACCGCCAUCACCUCACCGAGGUCCGCCGUGGACAAGGGUGGCAUCAUGUCCCCGACCAGUGCCGGGGGCUUCCGUCGAGCAGCACCCGAGCCUAAUAAGAGGGCCCUCUACGUCGGCGGUUUGGACCAGCGGGUGACGGAGGAUGUUCUGCGUCAGAUAUUUGAGACCACUGGUCAUGUCCAAAACGUCAAGAUCAUCCCUGACAAGAAUGCCAAAGGUUUCAACUACGGUUUUGUUGAAUACGAUGAUCCUGGUGCCGCAGAGCGUGCUAUGCAGACCCUCAAUGGCCGACGGGUCCACCAAUCGGAAAUCCGCGUCAACUGGGCCUAUCAGUCCAACACAACGAGCAAGGAGGACACCUCCGGGCACUUCCACAUCUUUGUUGGGGAUUUGUCAAAUGAGGUCAAUGACGAGCUGCUUUUACAGGCCUUCGCUGCCUUUGGUACUGUUUCGGAAGCCCGAGUCAUGUGGGAUAUGAAGACGGGCAGGUCUCGAGGUUACGGCUUCGUCGCUUACCGUGACCGCUCAGAUGCAGAGAAGGCUUUGAGCUCGAUGGAUGGCGAAUGGCUUGGUUCGAGGGCGAUUCGCUGCAACUGGGCCAACCAAAAGGGGCAGCCUUCUAUGGCUCAGCAACAGGCGAUGUCAGCUAUGGGCCUGACUCCCACCACACCCUAUGGCCAUCACCAGUUUCCGUCUCACGGCAUGGCGAGCUAUGAAGUCAUCUUGACACAGACACCAAACUGGCAGACAACAUGUUACGUUGGAAACCUGACGCCUUACACCACCCCUCAUGAUGUGGUGCCCCUCUUCCAGAACUUUGGUUUUGUGCAGGAAUCUCGUUUCCACGCAGACAGGGGAUUCGCGUUCAUCAAGAUGGACACGCAUGAAAAUGCGGCUAUGGCCAUUUGCCAGAUGAACGGCUACAAUGUUAAUGGACGACCCUUGAAGUGCAGCUGGGGUAAGGAUAAGACGCCCAAUUCUCAGAACUUCGACCCGGCCCAGCCAUUUAGCCCCCAGAGCGCCCAAACACCUGGUGGCUUUCCCGGCACACCGACAUACUACCCCCAGUACGGUGCCCAAUACGGCGGCCAGCAAGGAAACUUCGCUGCUCCCCAAACUGGCUCGCCUGCCGGGUUCCCUGGGUCCCCAAUGGGCUACAAUGCUCCCCAGAGUGCCGGUGGUUUUGGUCGUGGUCAACAGCCCCCCCAAGGCCAGUGGACUCAGCCCCCUCCAGGUCAGAACUUCAACAACGGAUUCGGUGGCUAUCAAUCAUAG